AUGGAGGCGAAUUUAGCAGAAUCUCUUCGUGGAAUGACACUGGGAGAGGACAAGACGAUCGUCAUCCCUGAUGAGCCUGCUUACUGUGCAAUGGAGAGAGGGGGAAGAAGUUUGUUAGGACGCUUAUUGAAUCCGGAGUGCCAGAACAUGGGUAGGAUGCUGCGUACGAUGCCAAAGAUAUGGAAAGUGUAUGAAAUGGCUCGGGGUAUCGCUUUGACUAAGGAAAUAUUUCAGUUUGUGUUUGAUUUGGAGUCCGAUAUCCAGAUGGUUCUGAAACAAGGCUUUUGGACUUUUGAUGAUUGGGGUUUGGCUUUGGAAAGGUGGGUGGAGAAUCCUCCUCCAAACUUCUUGCAAACUGCAAUGAUAUGGAUCAGACUGAAAAACCUUCCUGCCAACUACCUUACUUGGAAGACGAUUGAUACCAUAGCAGAUGGGAUAGGCCAUGUCAAGAUCAUUGAGUUUGAUCCGGAGAAACCUCAUGUUCUGGAUUAUGUACGAGUACAAGUGAUCUUGGAUGUUAAUCUUCCUCUAAGAGAUAAGAAGUCGGUUACUUUACCAGGAGGGCGGGUUGAGUAUGUAGAUGUUGAAUACGAAAGAGUGCGCAAGAAGUGUUUUCACUGUUUCCGUUUGUCGCAUGAAAAAACGAGAUGCCCACUUUGGCAAGGGGCUAGAAGUAAAAGAAAAGGAGUGGUUAAUCGGCAGAGCUUAGCAGAAAUUCAGCCAGUCACAGUGAGACAGCACCAUACUGAUCUGGUUGAUAAACUGAUGCCUCUUCUAGCGCAACCAAUUCCGCCAGGUUUUGAACCUUCAUCAUCGGUAGUAGUCCCUGAAGUGUUCCAACAUAUGAAGUUAUAUAUGGAAUGCGCUGACUCUGAGGAGAGGAAGAUAAGGGAAGCUAAAAUGAAGAAGACAUUACAAGAGUUAUCUAAUGACCCUAUCGCUCAACGCUCUUGCUUGCGACUAGAGAGUGCCCCAGUCCUUUCUCCAGAGACUAACAGAGACAGAGGCAGAGUUUUUGAUUUCAGUAGGAUGGAAAAUCCAGUGGUACCUGACGUGUCGGACUCAACUUCUCGAGGUCAAACGCGACAAAGGAGACGCCUUGAUUUUAAAAGUACUGGUGAUGAUGUUGGUUUAAACGUAGCUACGGAGGUCACUGCUAGGUACCUUCUACCGCAAGGCACUGCUAAUCUUCUACAAAAGCCUAGUCUUCGAGAGAGUGAAGAAGGUUAUGUGGCAGAUAAAGAGAAUGCGAUUUCUCUUGCUGAGGCUGGGAAUGGUGGUUUUGUUGUGGGUAGUGGAGAAACUGCGUCAGGAGAACGUCACAGCCGUAGCAGGAACUCGCAUCACAGUCAGUCAUCGUGGGUCAGGAGGAAUCAGAGCCAUCGUAAGCACACGGCUUCAAGGUCUGAUCAGAGCUGGAGGAACAGAGGAGAAGGGGCACCUAAGCGUAAAGCCUUUGAGGAUGGAGAGGUAUCUUCUAAGGGGUCUAAACAAGUGAAGGGUUCGGUGGUUUCCCGGAAACCAUCCAAUGCUCAAUGA